ACCCCUUCAGCUAUUGUGCUGAUGCCCCAGCAAGGGCAAUAAUGCAAAAUAUGCGCCAGUUCAAUGGGCAUUUUGGCUGUAGCUGGUGCUUGCAUCCUGGGUUUGUCAUAGAUGGAACCAUUAAGUAUACAAUCGACGAGCCAGUGCCAGACAGGACAAUGGAAGAAACCAUUGACGCCAUGAAGACAGCAGCACGCACAGGGACAAUUGUUCAAGGCAUAAAAGGUCCCACUCCAUUAAUGAAUAUGCCACACUUUGACAUAAUCUGGGGAUUCACGCCAGAUUACAUGCAUUGUGUGUUGCUGGCAGUUGCACGACAGUUGACGGAACUGUGGCUCUCUAGUGUGGGCCAGCCCUACUAUAUUGGGAGGCCAGCACUGCUCAAUGCUGUAGACAAGCGGCUGUGCAACAUCAAGCCACCAUUGUGUUUCAGGCUGCUGCGUACCCUUUCCUUGCGGAAGUAUUGGAAGGCUUCAGAGUGGCAGCAGUGGCUGUUGUGGUUUUCACUGCCUUGUUUAGAUGGCAUUUUGCUUAUCGAGUAUCUCAGGCACUUCACCUUGCUUAUUAGAGGAGUAUCCCUACUGCUAAUGGACAAUGUUAGCAGCACUGAUGUCAGUGAGAGCGCUAGCCUACUAGUGAAGUUUGUAGUAGGUGUGCAAUUUCUUUAUGGAGAAAGAGAAAUGACAUUUAAUGUACACCAGCUUUUGCACUUGCCCAAGAGUGUGACGCUGCAGGGACCACUUUGGUCACAUUCCUGCUUUGUAUUUGAAUCCAACACUGGGCAUGUGAAGGAGCUAGUCACAUCUGCAAAAGGAGUGCCAAUCCAAAUUGUAGAAUGGCUGUUGAUGGCUAGCUCUUUCGCUAUUCUGAAAGCAUCAACUCUCCCUCAGACUAGAGAAUUUUUAACUAAAGGGAAUGCUGCAAAAUGUCGAGCAGUUGUUUUAUUGAUUGGCAAGCCACGAAAAGUGCAGCAGCCAGUUUUAGAUUUGUUAAUGAACCAUAUUGGCUGCAUGAUAGUCGGUCCCAUUGUGGAACAUGGCAAAGUUGCAGUGUCUCAAUAUGUUUUCCACAGCAAACAGUAUAGAAGACCAAGCAAAACAGACUGCACUGCUGCAAUGCUUCCUUCAGGGGCAUGUGUAAUAAUUUCUCACAUCCUUGGGUUUAAAGACGUCACUGGCAAAGCUAGAGUUUUUGCAGCAUGUGAAAAAUUUCGCACAAGUCCGACCAAAGCUUCCCACAUUCACAAGGCCCAAAGUGUGCAGUCCAGCCAUGUCAUUGAGGUAAAGACUGGCAUCAUUCCAUGUUUAUACAUGGAGAUUGAACAAUCAAUUUUUUUUGCACCACUUGCUUUUAAAGCCCUUUUUAAAAAUAGGUGAUGAAUUAUAAAACAUGACUUCAAGGGAACACUUAUUUCAGCAGAGGCCCUGCAACACCCUUUAUUAAAGUUGUCACAUAUCUUGUGACACACGACAAUCUUGUGGGCAUCAUUAAGGAGUGUGCAAUGGAAGUCGGUGGCAACUCCGUUAGGCAGGAUACCAGUAAACUAUCACACGAGACGAA